GGCUGGGCUACAGACACGCCGAUGCUCCUGGAGUUCAGGCAGCGAGGACACGCACAGGACAGAGAGGACAGCCAGGACACAGCUCAGCGCAGUCGGCUCCUUGUCUGCACACAUUAGCCCGGACCAGUGUAGCUUCUUUUUGAUAGGGAAUACAAGUUACCCAGAGAGUUCCGUUUUAUCUCAUCUGGCUCGGAGCGGCAUCACGGAGCCUUCUGCACUCAGUCAGGAUGUCGGAACUUUCCGUGAAUGACCACCUCGAAGGGAUUUUAUCAGAUUUUGAAGCGCUGAAGAGAUCCUUCGACAUUGAAGAUGUGGAUGACCUACCAUCCUUCUCCUCAGCUACACCCAUCUCCUCCCCAGUUUCUCCCUCUUCCUCCCAUUUCUUCCUCAACCACAACAAAGCCAGUGAGGGGCUGGGUGGAGGUGGCCAGUCCCCUUCAUUAGCCUUUAACAACAACAACAACAGCUUGGGCUCCACAGCCCACCAUUCCCGCAUCAGCCUAAGUUCCAAUCCUAGCCCAGUGCUCAAGUCCCGAAGUGUGGUCAGCAGCCUGUCCUUCAACCGAGGAAACACGAACAAGUCGGCCAUCUACAACAAUGGCUCCUCUGUGACCAGAGCUGCAUCCUUCCAGAGCAGGUUAAACCCCAACAGUUACUCCAUUUUGUCUGGGCCAGGCAGUGACAACGACAGCCUUCACAGCUCCACGUCAAGCCUGGAGUACUCUGGUGGAGGUGGAGGUGCCCUCCCUCUCACUAAGCUGGGGUCAUAUCCCAGCCCUCCACCUCAGGGGGACUACCACCGAACCCAGCCCCAGCCUCCACACCAGCACCGAGAAGGAAGUGCUCACAUGGGAAGCAACCCCAACCUGAAGAAGUUUUCCUCACAUGGGAGUGUUUUCCCCUCUGAGAUGGAGCAGGGGCCAGGGCUGAUGCUGGGUGCUCCAGAGCCUUGGGGGGCUAACCAUGGCUCCAUGCCAAGCCUAGACCUCCAAAUUACUGAUGGAGGAGGAGGAAUGGUGAGUAUGCAAAGAGGUGGAGGUGGAGGAGGGGGUAUCAGCAGGAUGUCUCCAGGGUUGAGGUAUGCCAGUGCUAAUGCCAACUGGAAUGGUCGUCUUCAUAAUACCGAUUCGUUUGGGGAGGAGGGUUACUCUGGCCCCCAAAACCACUGCCAGCAGCAAGGGCCCCAGGUCCUCAAGGCUCCACAGCCCAAGGCCAAAGAGACUUCACGUCUCAACAAGUUUCCCUUGGAUCUGGACAGCUUGGUUAGCAGCACCUCAGGCACUUCUCCCACUAAGGCUCAAGGAGGAUCCAUGAGCCCCACCCCCCCCAAACCUCCACCAAGGAGCACCGGAAGCCUACAACACCACGCCAGCCCACCAUCCACCCUGGCCAGCCCUUCAGCCUCUCUCAGCAGCCUGGAUAGUUCCUCUGACACCAUGCCCCUCUCCCUCCACCAUCCCUUUUUGCCCCUCUCCCCACGCACUCCAACUCCCUCACAGGGUUCAAUCCCUGUCCCAGAGAUGAGCUGCUCCUCAGGGCCCUUUUCCCCAGCCCAGAGCCCCCAGCUGGAGAUUCUCCCAGGGCCCCAAGUUGUCCAGGUGGUCCCCAGCCUACCUAACCCUACCAGCCCCCGUAGCCCCAGAGCCGUUUGGUCUGUAAAGGAUGGCCCAGGUGAUGCAGGAGAUAGUGUAGGCUCAAUCUUACAGAGGAUUGCUUCCUUCUCCCAGAACGUCAGUACUGACACCACCCCAGCAGCUGUGACGCAGCCCCCUACAGUCCAAAGAAAUGGUGGGGUGUCAUCUGCUUAUGGAUGUCCUGCUGAGACCAUGGUGAUGCACACAUGGAAGCAGGGGAAGAAGAACCAGAAAGAAACUGUUGGAGAGCUGGAGACGGACCCGCUUAGCCCAAUGGAGGAGAGAGAGGAGAAGGAGAGGGGCAUCAUGGGACAAGAGCAAGAAGGUGAGGGCAAGUGCCAAGGACAACCAGCCAGCAUGAAUACCCAGAAUUCCACAACAGAAAAAGAGGAGAAUGGUGUGGAGGCCCAUGCAGAGAUGGGAGACAAGGGGAAGGAGAAGGGAAUGGAGGAAGGAGAAAUGAAGAAAGAUGUAGAGGUGGAGAUGGAGCUGGAGGCGGAGGUGAAGAUGGAGCUGUGUCAGUCAGUGCAAGGCCUCCAGAUGAGCUUCAUCCGAGGCACUGACCUGUUUGGCUACGUGGGCAUCGAGGCAGUACUGGACCAGAUGAGGCGCAAGACCAUGAAGGCCGGCCUGGAGUUCAACAUCAUGGUGGUUGGUCAGAGUGGUUUAGGGAAAUCCACUCUGGUUAACACUCUGUUCAAGUCCAAAGUCAGUCGGAAGUCCUGUACGCCCAACUACGAAGAGAAGAUCUCCAAAACAGUCAAACUGCAAUCAAUCAGUCAUGUGAUUGAGGAGAAGGGAGUGAAGAUGAAGCUGACAGUGAUUGACACUCCAGGAUUUGGAGACCAGAUUAACAACGAGAACUGCUGGGAGCCCAUAGAGAAGCACAUCAAUGAACAGUAUGAGAAAUACCUGAGAGAGGAGCUGCAUAUCAACCGCAAGAGGAGAAUACCAGACAGCAGAGUCCACUGCUGCAUCUACUUUCUCCCUGCCACUGGACACAGGUUACGCCCCAUCGAUGUUGAGUUCAUGAAGAGGUUGGGAAAGAUAGUGAGCAUCGUACCUGUCAUCGCCAAAGCUGACACGCUCACCAUUGAGGAAAGACAGGAGUUUAAAGAGAGGAUAAGGCAAGACUUAGCAGCCAAUGGGAUACAUGUUUACCCACAGAGAGAGUAUGAUGAGGAUCCAGAGGAACGCAUCCUCAAUGACAGGAUCAGGGAAAACAUUCCCUUUGCUGUGGUUGGAACAGACAAGGAGCACCAGGUGAAUGGAAACAAGGUGCUGGGACGGAAAACAAAGUGGGGAAUCAUUGAAGUUGAAAAUGUGGCGCACUGUGAGUUUGCCAAUCUGAGAGAUCUACUCAUCAGGUCUCACUUGCAGGACCUGAAAGACGUGACACACAACAUCCACUAUGAGACCUACCGCGUACAACGGCUCAACGAGAGCAACAUGAACUUCAGUGAACUGGGACUGUCCCCCUGGCCACUGGAGAACGGAACUGCUGACAAAUGCGAAUCAGAGAGCCACCUCUGAUGUCUCCAUCCCUCUUCCUGCACCUGCCAGAGGAUGGCUGAUGCUCCUCAUCCAAUCAGAACGAGAGAUGUGAAAAAGAAAGCUUUUUUUUUUUUUUAAAUUUCCCUUUUUCCCCCCAACAUAACAAAAUGAGAUGGAAAAAUAUUUUUUUAUUGUUUUUCCUAUGUUUUUCUUCAGUAUGGGACAAACAAGCAGUUUUUAAAUGAGAUAUUCUGUUUGAGUUUUUACACGAGACAUAAGUAAUGCAUCAAAUAUGGAUAUAUGUGAAACAAA